UUUAGGUCACUUCCCUUCAUUUUCAUUCGGCGUGGUGAAAAUGGCGGAACACAAGUCGGUACCCAGUGAUUUGUACAAAUGUGUUUAUUCGUUUCUGCUGGAGAACAAGUUCACCAAGGCGGCUCAGCAGUUUGUCAAGAAUGUUAAAGUGAGUCCACAGGAUCCAAAUGAAGAACCUCUUCUCAACAUCUACGACUUCUGGGUGAAAUCACCUCAAGCUCGGAAGCGCAAGGGGAUUACUGACAAAACUGAAGCCGCUGGCUCAGUAGCCAAGAAGGCAAAAGCCAGUAAAGAGAGCUCUAGCAGUGAAGAGUCCAGCAGUGAAGAGGAUGAAGCCAGUGCCAAAGUGCAAAAUUCUACUGCUGCCAAGGCAGCACCAGUUAAGGCAGCGGCUACCAAACCUGCGGCUGCAAAAGCUGCAUCUAGCAGCAGUAAAAAAUCGAGUAAAUCUGAAGAAAAAAAGACUCCUGCUAAGGCCCCAGUAAAGCCUACAGCAGCUGCAAGUGGAACAAGAAAGAAAGACAGCAGCUCGAGCAGUGAAGAAUCAGACUCUGAAGAGGAGCAAGCCACCAAAGCUCCAUCAAAGCCAGUGUCCGCCACCAAGCCCAAAGCUCCUGUUCCUGCUAUUGGAGCGGCUAAGAAAAAAACUGAAAGCAGCAGCAGUGAAGAAACUUCAUCAGAGGACGAGGAACCGGCCAAGGCUCCAGUCAAACCUGCUCAAGUGAAAACGGUAGCUGCGGCUACAGAUUCAAGCAGCGAGGACUCGUCCUCUGAAGAGGAGGCUCCGCCCAGCAAGAAACCAAAAGCAGGAGUGUACAGUGCAGUCCCACCUCCUCCUACACUACAGAAAGCAGGAGCUGCAGCCGCAACUAAGGCCAAGGACGACGACUCCUCGGACAGUAGUGAGGAGGAUGACGAGAAGAAAGUAGUUGCUAAACCUGUACCCCAAAAGAAGACCGGGCCUACGAAACCUGCUUUGAAGAAGCCUGCUGUCACUAAAGAAUCCAGUUCUGACAGCUCAGAUUCAAGUUCAGAUGAAGAAGAGCCCCAAAAGCCUCCAGUCAAGGCCACACCAGUAAAGGCGGCCGCACUAAAACAGACCCCCGCGAAGAAAGAUGAUUCCUCAAGCGAAGACAGCAGCUCAGAAGAUGAAGCACCAGCGAAGCCGGCCGCUAAACCGGCCGCUAAACCGGCCGCUAAACCGGCCGCUAAACCGGCCGCUAAACCGGCCGCUAAACCUUCAACACCAGCUGCUGCUGAGAGUAGCACCGACUCUUCAUCUGAAGAGGAAGAAGCACCCAAAGCCAAGCCGGUUGCAGCAAAGGCUGCUGUCAAAGUCACAACCACCGCUGCGGCAGCAGAAAGCAGUUCAGACUCUGACUACUCGUCUGAAGACGAAGAACCAGCGAAAGCAAAGCCAGCGACUGCAAAACCUGCAAAGCCAGCUUCAAAAACUUCUACUCCUGUAACAAGGAGCAAAGCAAAGGCUAAAGCAAAAAGCAGUUCAGAGUCAGACUCCUCAUCUGAGGAUGAAGAACCUGCAAAAACCAAGGCACCUGCAAGUAAACCUUCCACCCCUGUCGCAAAGGCGGCAACUCCUGCAAAGGCAGCAAAGGCAGCAACCCCGGCAAAGGCAGCAACCCCGGCAAAGGCUAAAGCAAAAAGCAGUUCAGAGUCCGACUCCUCAUCUGAGGAUGAAGAACCUGCAAAAACCAAGGUGACCGCAAAACCAGCUUCAAGAACAUCUGCUCCUGUAACAAGGAGCAAAGCAAAGGCUAAAGCCAAAAGCAGUUCAGAGUCAGACUCCUCAUCUGAGGAUGAAGAACCUGCAAAAACCAAGGCACCUGCAAGUAAACCUUCCACCCCUGUCGCAAAGGCGGCAACUCCUGCAAAGGCAGCAAAAGCAGCAAAGGCAGCCACCCCGGCAAAGGCAGCAACCCCAGCAAAGGCUAAAGCACAAAGCAGUUCAGAGUCCGGCUCCUCAUCUGAGGAAGAAGAACCUGCAAAAACCAAGGUGACCGCAAAACCAGCCUCAAAAACUUCUACUCCUGUAACAAGGAGCAAAGCAAAGGCUAAAGCAAAAAGCAGUUCAGAGUCCAGCUCCUCAUCUGAGGAUGAAGAACCUGCAAAAACCAAGGCAACUGCAAAGCCAGCUUCAAAAACUUCUACUCCUGCAGCAAAGGGUGUCAACGCAAAGGCUAAAGCAAAAAGCAGUUCGGAGUCUGGCUCCUCAUCUGAGGAUGAAGAACCUGCAAAAACCAAGGCACCUGCAAGUAAACCUUCCACCCCUGCCGCAAAGGCGGCAACCCCAGCAAAGGCAGCAGCAGAAGAGAGUAGUUCUGGAUGGGGCUCCACAUCUGAAGAUGAAGAGCCAGUCAAAGCAAAACCAGCUCCUGCUAAAGCUGCCACCCCAGCUUCAAAGGCUGCCACCCCGGUAGCAACAAAAAAGGCAGUGGCAAAGAGCAGCUCUGAGUCAGAGUCAUCAUCUGAGGAGGAAGAACCGGCUAAAGCUAAGCCAGCUACGAAGCCUGCGACUCCUGCUGCAAAGACAGCUGCUGCAGAAAGUAGUUCAGACGCUGACUCCUCAUCUGAAGAUGAGACUGUGAAAGCGAAGCCUGCGGCGGCUAAACCUACUGCCAAGCCUGCUGCCAAGCCUGCCACUCCCGCUGCCAAGCCCUCCACACCUGCUUCAAAGGUUGCCACCCCCGCAGCAGAAAGCAGUUCAGAGUCUGACUCUUCAUCCGAAGAAGAGGACGAACCUCCGAAAGCCAAGCCAGCUGCAACCAAAGCCACCGCUCCCCCAGCAAAGGCUGCAGCAGCCCCUGCAGAGAGCAGUUCAGACAGCGGCGACUCUUCUGAAGAAGAAGCCGAAGCAAAGACCAAACCUGUGGCCAAGAAGGCAGCAGCGGUGGCUAAACCCGCAGCUCCAGCCAAGAAGGCCGAGGAGAGUAGCUCCGAUUCGUCGGGCAGCUCAGACUCUGAGACGCAGAUCAAGAACACCCCUGCCAAGGCUGCCGUCGCCAACGGCAAAGCUCCCAGAGCUGCGUCGGCUAAACCCGCUGAGUCAUCAUCCAGUGAUAGCAGUUCAGAAGAAGAGGCCAGUGGGAAAAGUAAAACUUCUACACCCGCUGCACCAGCCAAGACCACUAAAGGUAAAGACAGCAGCAGCUCGGACAGCUCAGACGAUGAAGAGGACGCGUCCGCAAAAGCUGCCACCACGCCUCAGACCAAUGGCACUAAUGGCUUGCAAAAGGAUGACAAUUCUUCAGAAACUAAAAUGAUGCAUGCAAAGACUCCAACGUACAAAAAAGCAACCACCACCCCACAAACGUUUCCCAAAGCCAACAAGUCCAAGGGUCCUUUCCGAAGAAUACGGGAGGAAGAAGUCCCCGUGGACCCCCGCCUUGCUGACAACUCUUUUGAAGCUAGGAAGGGUUCCAAUUACGAUUGGGGCCUGAGAGCAAAUCAAACUCUCCGCUCAACCAAAGGCAAAUCGUUCCGCCACGAAAAGACAAAGAAGAAGAGGGGAAACUAUCAGGGCGGCGCCAUCAGCACCUCGGUCAACUCGAUUAAGUUUGACAGCGACUGAAGAGUUUGCCCUCUCCCAAUCUCAUCUGAACUCUGCAUCACCUGUGAGACGGGCAUCCGAGACACUUGAUACUUUGACACGUACCGUUUAGUUCGAAAGUAACACUUGAGGUUAGUCAAAGGCAUGCUAAUGACGCCUUAUAGCCACAAGGUGGCUGAAGAAAGCCAUCCUUCCCAACACAAAGGAAACCUGUAUGGUUCAAGUUUUUCCCCAUGUAUGCAUUGCAGCCAUCCAAUUGAUGUUGCAGAUUGAUUGUACACAUUUAUCAAUGUAUAAUGUGAACAUUGGAGAGGGUUUGUACUUUGUAGUGUUUCUUGUGUCACCGAGGACAUGUUUUAUGGUCUGUAUUUAUUGUGUUUUAGUCCAAUUAAUCAAGUAGGAUCUCAUAUAUUGUCAUUUUUUUAUGGGCCAUUUUUCCUCGUAACAAUUCAGCUUUUCAUAUUUCCUAUUAAUGGGUAGACAUUUUAGUCACCUAACUCUUGUACUUAAUUUGCUGGGUUUAACUGUACUUUUUUUUGUCUCCAACCUUAUUGUUAGUUCUAAAAUUAACAAUAUUGUCAAGACCAGUACUGUAGUGGUGUAUUUGCUUGCCACCAGGUAGCAGUCUCAUUCAAAUAUUGCAAAUAAUUUCACUUUUGUGACAUUUCAAGAUUGUCUUAUUUUCUCUGAACAAUAAAGUGGAGUAAAUUGAAAACACAAA